AUGAGACUGCCGCUGCUGGUGUCCGCGGGCGUCCUGCUCGUGGCUCUCCUGCCCUGCUCGCCAUGCAGGGCCCUUCUCGUCCGCGGGUCUGUCCCAGGUGCCCCGCGUGCCCCACCGCUCCCCCAACCCCUGGAUUUCUUCCAGCAGCCGCCGCAGCCCCAGCAGCCGCAGGCUCCGCCGGUCCUGCUCCAUAUGGGGGGAGAAUACUUCCUCCGCCAGGGUAACCCCAAAAAGAGCCCCGCUGCUCCCCGGUGGCCUGCCUCCUCGCCUCUCGCCGGCCGCAGCGGCAGCCGCCUUUCACAGGACAGGGUAGCAGCCAACUUUUUCCGAGCGUUGAGGCAGCUGCGGUCGCUGCCCCGGAACCCGCUCGACAGCCAUGCAGGUCCUGCGAGGCGCGGCGCCAAGAGCGCCCUCCGCGGCCACCAGGAGGCACCACAAAUGGAGAAGCGAUCCGAGGAAGCUCCCAUUUCGCUGGAUCUCACCUUCCACCUCCUCCGAGAAGUCUUGGAACUGGCCAGGGCAGAGCAGUUAGCGCAGCAAGCUCACAGCAACAGGAAACUGAUGGAGAUUGCUGGGAAGUGAAACGAAAUCUUCUGAGGUCCCUUUUAUCAUCUGCAUCAUUUUAAUUUCAUCUAGGUUCUCUGCUGCCUGUGUGCAUUUCAGCCAGGCAGACGCAGAGGCAGCAGUUGGAAUGAAC